GUUACUACUGCUUUUGUCUGCGUUUUGGUUUUAAAGCAUGAUGAAGAGUUUUUCAGCUGAUAUUUGAAGAAUUGUGCACUAUUUAAUGUUUCGAUAUUUAACUGACUCGUCGUUGAAUAGCUGAGAUCAGUUACUCUUUACAAGUCCAGCACUAGUAUGAGUUUAUUCAAUUCAACUUCGAAGCAUAGGUUGCUCUUUAUUCGAAUGUGGAGAUUUCCAAAGGCUGUGGACUGCCACCAGCACAACAGAGUGAACAACACCAGGAGGUCCAGCAAGUCUAAAGUGUCAGGAGUAAGACAGCCAGAUGGGAAAGCAUCACCAAAUAAACUUCAGAAUCCGGGACGAGUUUCAUCAGAGCUUCAGAAGCUGGCCCAUGAGGACUUCUCGUCAGAGUGGGAGAGGCCUGCGAUACUCAAGCCAUCCGUGGAGUCUUCAGACCAGCAUGAGAUUGUCUUUGGCGUCGCUCCUUGUCUCCUGGCUCUCACUCAGGCUCGCCGAAAGCCCUUUAAGCUGUUUGUGAAAGACGGCGAGGCCGCGCACAGGUCCUCGCUCCUCAAGGUGUGCGAGGAGGCAAACCAGCGACAAGUUCCCAUCCAGCGUGUCAGUAAGAAAGACUUGGAUAGGAUGUGUUUAGGUCGGGUUCAUCAAGGUGUUUGCCUGCGAGCCACCCCAUUGAGCUACCUGACCGAAGACUCGGCCUCGAGUUCAAUCUCCACACCUCUCUGGCUAGUUCUGGACGGGAUUCAAGACCCGAUGAAUCUCGGAGCUAUCUUGCGCUCAGCCUAUUUCCUCGGCGUGGACCGAGUGGCCAGCAGCGUCCACCGCAGCUGCCCUCUGACCCCGGUGGUAAGCAAGGCCAGCGCUGGCAUCAUGGAGGUGAUGAAUGUGUAUGGCUACGAAGACCUGGCGGACAUGGUCCGGGUCAAGGCGGCACAUGGCUGGCAGGUGGUCGGCACGGUGGCGGCCGAGGUGCGGGAAUCUGGCCUCCCCGUCACGCCGUGUUCGGACUUCCGGAUGACCACGCCCACGCUGUUGCUGAUUGGAGGGGAGGGUGACGGAUUGUCCCGGAAGCUACUGAAUUUGUGUCAAACGCUUGUGACCAUUCCACCGGGGAGACAGCUGCUGCCUGGCGUCGAGUCGCUCAACGCGUCCGUGGCCACCGGCAUCCUGCUGCACUCGCUGCUGGCCUCCACCAGGCUCACCUGAUGCGCCAACAUUUCUAAUUGCGUGGAAAUGGAAUGUACGUAGAACAGUGGUGGGCAAACCUUUGUGCUCAAGGGCCACAUUUCGAAAACUGACAGAUGGGCUGUGUUGACAUGGGCCUUUUAAGGGAGGUGUCGCCUGGUGAGUGUCAUCAGGAGCUGACUCCAGCUCCCAUUGGGCAUUUUCAACAUGGCUCACAUGCUCCUUGCGUUUGUUUUCACUUUGUAUUUGUGUGUUAUGGCGGUUGUCCCAUUCAAUAAACAGCUGCGAU